CUUGAUGAAAGAGUGUUCCAAUGGGCAAUGGUGCUUCUAAAAUACAUACGGUGCUGCGAGCCUUCUGUUUCAUGCUUCCCGUCAUCUAAAUCUAAGCGAACCCGCAUAACCUUUACGGAGUAUUUCUGAUCUCGGCUUCUUCAACCUCAGCUCUACGCACAGCCUGCGCUACUCCCUCCAUCAAAUUUCAUAUGCUUUCCUCUGUCUCUGCUAAGAGAUCUUGGAACUGAUUCCCAGAAGAAUUUUGAUUUUUGGAAACCCUAAGUCCUAACGUAGUUGGAGUAUAGAGAUAUACGAUUAGGAGCAAUGCCGCAGGUGAGGAUCGUCGCGAAGAAUUUCAUGGACAUGGUGGCUUCACUGCCCGCAGUGAAGCUUGAUAACCUCUAUAAUAACCCAUUCAUCUGUGAAGCCAUUAUCAGAUCAUUACCUCCCUUGGCAAAGAAGUAUGUGAUACAGCUGCUAUACAUAGAUUCGCCAAUUUCAGCCAAGUUUUUUGAGGAAUGGGUACUUUCGGAUGGAUCCACUAAGCAUAAAGUAGCCAUUGAUAGAUUAGUACAGUUGAGGUUAUUGAGUGAAAAUUUUGACAGGAAAAAGGAUAAGUCCUAUCAAUUACAUCCAAAGUUCCAAUUCAAUCUUCGAAAGCACAUAGUCCAUGGUGGAGUUUUACCAAGAGAAUCAAUGCCUUCAAAUAUCACUGUGAGGCUCCCUACAUUAGAGGAAUUAGAUGCCUAUGCCUCAGAACAGUGGGAGUGCUUUCUUCUGCACCUUAUGAGCUCCUCAGAGGCCGGCAAGACAAUAAACAUAAGGACUUCUAUGAUGAAAGUUUUCCAGCGUGGUCUUAUGAUUCAGAGAGAUGACCGAGAGCCGCCAAAAUUGACUGAAAGUGGAUUUCAGUUUUUGUUGAUGGAUACUAAUGCGCAACUUUGGUAUAUCAUCAGGGAGUACAUAACCAAUGCAGAGGAGAGUGGCGUGGAUUCUGCAGAUCUCAUAUCAUUUCUCUUGGAGCUGAGUUUCCAUGUUGCUGGAGAGGCAUACAACUCAAACACAUUAACAGAUGUCCAGCGAAGUAUAAUUAGGGACCUUUCUGAUCUUGGACUGGUCAAGCUACAGCAGGGACGAAAAGAAAGCUGGUUCAUACCUACCAAAUUUGCUACCAACCUCUCAACUAGCUUGUCAGAUACAUCAUCGAGGAAACAGGGAUUUGUUGUUGUGGAAACAAACUUCAGGCUGUAUGCUUAUUCCUCAUCAAAAUUACACUGCGAGAUCCUACGCCUUUUUGCUAGAGUGGAGUACCAACUUCCAAAUCUCAUCGUAUGUGCGAUUACAAAGGAAAGCUUAUACAAAGCUUUUCAAAACGGCAUAAGUGCUGAACAGAAUGCACAUCCAAGGGUUGCUGAGAGAAUACCAUCUGUUCCAGAGAAUGUUACAGAUCAGAUUAGGUUGUGGGAAUCGGAUUUGAACAGGAUUGAAAUGACGCCAGCCCAUAUUUACGAGGAAUUUCCCUCUAGAAGUGACACCAUUGGUCAGUAUCAACGGAACAUCACUCAUAAAAAAUACGGAAUACUUGUAUUCAACGUCUCACGAGUAUACACAUUGUUCUAGAUAGGAUACACUUUUUUUUAUAUAAAAAAUCCUUCAAAGGACAAGGCAAAAUGACAACCAUGGAUCUUUUUUUCCUCUGAUUAAUGGCAUCAACUAAUCCAAUUCCAACGUCACUAAUGAAUGAGGGUCAAAGAAGAAGAAUAUAUUGAGAAAUUUAUCCCAAGACCAAAAACAGGAUUACACCUAAGU